AUGGUUGCACCCUUGGACUCGCCUCAGCCCGUCUUCAAGGUCCCUUCUCUUGACGAUGUGCCGGAUAACGAGGAUGACGUGCCUUUACCUGGCAUUAGCUUCGUUCUGCAGAGCGACGCCGACACACUCAAGUUGCCUGAAAUUGUAUUCGGCGCAGCAACGUUCCAUACGGUGUACAACUCGACUGAUUACAUUUUGAGUGCCGCCCCGUUACGCACCGUCCGGCUGGCACUGAGGUAUGGCAUUAGGGCUUUCGAUACGUCUGCAUACUACGGACCUUCCGAGAUAAUCUUGGGAGCUACUCUGAAAGCCCUGGAGAUUGAGUUCCCCCGUCAGUCGUAUCAGCUGAUGACGAAGUGCGGCCGAUAUGGACUCACAUCAGAUCAAUUUGACUACAGCCCGCAGACCAUACGUAAAAGUGUUCAGCGCAGUUUGGCGAGGCUGCACACCACAUACCUUGAUACAGUCUAUCUGCACGACGUCGAAUUCGUCUGCUCAAACCCUCCAUCUGCCGGGACUCAUUCUGUCGCCUUGACCAAUGAAGCAGCGACGUACGGUCUGGCACCGGGAGAUGAGGGUAGAAUCCUCGGCGAAGGCGACCAGAAGGUCCUAGACGCAGUCGUCGAAUUGAGGAAAAUGAAACAAGAAGGGCUUAUCAACAACAUCGGCAUCACAGGCUAUCCACUUCCCGUCCUCCUCCGCCUCGCUAUUCUGGUUCUUCACAUAACGGGCGAACCCUUAGAUGUGCUCCUCAGCUACAGCCAUCUCAACCUGCAGAACGAUACAUUUGCUCUGUACGUCGCUGAACUACGCGAGCGAGCGAAGGUCAAGCAGCUCCUCACUGCGUCACCCCUUAACAUGGGACUUCUCACCCCGACACCUCCAUCCUGGCAUCCCGCACCUCCCGGCCUGCGCGAGGCUACCAGCAAGGCGCAUUCGAUCUCCGUGGCGAACGGCUGGGAACGCGGUCUACCAAACAUCGCCUUGUUAUUCGCGUACCGCAAAGCGAAAGAGCUAGAGCUGCCUACCGUGGUCGGUUUGAGCAAUCCACGGGAGGUGCACGAGACGAUGAAGGUGUGGCGAGAGCUAAAUUCAGAGACCGGCGACGUGGCCAAGAAGCGUAGGGCGGUAGAGGCGUUGGCGGUUGACCAGCUCUCAACCUUCCAGGGAUGGUCUUGGGCUUCUCCAUGACACAAGUGUUCACAAGGCCUAAGAGAUCAAACAUGAUAUAGCAAUGCAGGUGGUACAAUAUUAACAAUACAAAGCAAUCCGACGGCAAUGCCUGCAGCGACCCACUAAUUCCUUUGCGACAUCGCAAUUUUAUCUUGUCUUGAUGAUGCCGGCGUUGACCAGCUUCAUGAUGUUGGCACGCACGGCAGGGUUCUUCAUGUGAUCUUGGAGCGCAGCGGGGUUUUGCUGGGCUUGUUGGAGGAUGGACUGCAUGACAGGAUCGCCCAUAAUUUUCUGCGUUGUAGACCCGUCAGAUAUUGCGUCGGGAAG